UAUAUUGCUAUAACAUUGUAAUCUCCGGUUAAUAUCCAAUCUUUAGCUACGAUCUUUCGUAGUCUUCUUGUUCUCCACCUUUUUUUUAGUUUAUAUCGCCCAAACAUAAAUUUGUUUCGAUAAUCAUACUCCCUCCGUCUCAUAUUACUUGUCCCGUGGCAUAAGCAACAUUGUCCAAAUCGUUUACAAGUUGAUCAAAACGACCUCCAAAACAAAAUGCCAAUGGUUCAAGUACAUUUACCACAAAAGAACUACCAAGACAUGAAGGAUGCGUCAAUAUUGACAAACCAAGAGGUGAUGAAUAACAAUAAUAAUAACAAUUUUGAUGAUAAAACACAAAAUAUGAUAACCAUUAAAGGGAUUAUUGGGUUAAUAAUGUCGCAAAUUGAUGAGGAUGAUGAGAAAGAAGUGAUUUCUCUAGGAAUGGGCGAUCCGACGGCGUAUUCGUGCUUUACGACGAGUAAUGGGGCAAUGGAAGGCGUGGUUGAUGCAUUGUCCUCGGCUAAGUUCAAUGGUUAUGCUCCUACUCAAGGUCUUCCACAAACUAGAAAGGCAAUAGCUGACUACUUGUCUCAUGAUUUGCCAUACAAUUUAACCAAGGAAGAUGUUUUCGUGACAUCGGGGUGCACAAAUGCCAUAGAUAUAGCACUGUCUAUACUUGCACGCCCGGGUGCCAAUAUAUUGGUGCCUAGACCAGGCUUCCCAAUCUACCAACUUUGUGCUUCCUUUAGGCAACUUGAGGUUAGGCACUUCAACCUUCUUCCGGCUAGGAGCUGGGAAGUAGACCUUGACGCCGUUGAAACUCUUGCUGAUGAGAACACUGUUGCAAUCGUUGUCAUCAACCCUGGAAACCCGUGUGGAAAUGUUUACUCUUUCCAACACUUGUUACGGAUUGCAGAGGUAGCAAAGAAGCUUGGAAUUAUAGUCAUUGCUGAUGAAGUUUAUGGUCAUCUUGCUUUUGGGAAGAACCCAUUUGUGCCAAUGGGAACAUUUGGAUCAAUUGCUCCUGUUCUGACUCUCGGAUCUUUGUCAAAGAGAUGGUUAGUCCCUGGUUGGAGACUUGGUUGGCUUGCUGUAACUGAUCCCACUGCCAUCUUUAAGCAGCCUAAGGUCAUGGAGCGAUUGAAAAAGAUUUUUGACAUCUACGGAGGACCACCAACAUUUGUUCAGGCAGCAGUGCCACAAAUCCUAGAGAAAACCGAUGAUGCUUUCUUCAAGAAAAAUAUUAACAUUCUGAAGCAAACAUCAGAGUUGUGUUUUGAGGGCAUAAAUAAGAUCCCCUGCCUCAAUUGUCCUCAGAAACCAGAGGGCUCAAUGGCUGUAAUGGUGAAAUUGAAUCUUUCUUUAUUGAAAGAUAUCAGUGAUGAUAUUGACUUCUGUUUUAGGUUGGCUAAAGAGGAAUCAGUCAUCAUUCUUCCAGGUGUUGCAGUGGGAAUGAAAGAUUGGCUUCGGAUCACCUUCGCUGUUGAUCCUGCCUCGCUUGAAGAAGCAAUACAAAGGAUAAAUUCUUUCUGUUCAAGGCAUGCCUAUCAACUGGAUUGAAACUAGUGAACAUAUGCUGCCCAAUUGCCUACCUAUUAUUGCUAAGAACUGUAAAUAGACUAAGACUAAAAACCAAGACACAAUGGACCUUUUAUAUAGUCCUACUUAGUUUUUAUUUCCUUAUAAAAAAAGGAACUAAAAACAAAAUUUAGCAUAUAGGGUUACCACAAUAUAUACUAUGUGCCAAUUUGUCAAAGGCCAUAGAAUUUGCAAAAACAAAAAUUGAUAAACGAUAUACAAUAUACUCGUUAUUUUAAGUUAAGCUCGUAAAGUCAUUAAAAGUUCAUCAUAUUCAUGACUUUUAAUC